UCAUGAAGAGUUUUAUGGUUCCUUUCUUUGCAUCGGUUCUCUUAUACCCCAGCUGCAGCAGCAAAUGGCCCACACACACUGCUUGCAAGGAUGACAAAUUGGAAUUGCUUUACCAGAGUUGCGAUCCACUACAAGACUUUGGCUUCUCUAUGGACCAUUGUAACAAUCCACUAAGUGAAAACCUCAAAAUUCGAUUUGGAAUUCUUCUAAGACAUGACAUCAAUGAGCUGUUUCUUGACAUCAAUCUCUUCUCAGUGGCAAAGUCCAUCUUUUCCUUUUCAUAUCCUAUAUGUGAAGUAGAUUUCCCAAAGUUUUCUUUCUGUGGAAGAAAAAAAGGAGAAAAGAUCUACUAUGCUGGAGACAUCAAUAACCCUCAGUUUCCAAUUGGCAAGGGGGAAUAUCACAUCUUACUGAGACUAUACAAUGAAAACAACAUGACCAUUGGUUGUUCCAAUGUUACUGUCAUCAGCUACUGA